AUGCGACAGUGUUACUCUGCCCGCAGCCCUUGCGACAUUUCAAAACUAGCGACUUUACCUGGCACGCCAUUCGGUCCAUCCCGCCUUGCGGAUCUCACCCCCACCGAAUUGCGCCGCUCAGCUAGCACUUGGGGUCCCCGCCACUUGGUCCCUUAUCGACUGCUAGUUCAACCCGUCACCUCCUACUUAAAAGCUUUUGAAGUAGACCAUCGCCAGUCAUGCCCUGUUUGCAGUCCAAAAAAUGCAUCGGCGCAAAUUCUGGAUCAUGACAUGGUGAAGAACUUACUUCGGGAUGUUGAUAUUCAUUCAACGAAGCGGGAUUUGCUAAGAGAACCUGGUGGUUUCUUCUGGGUCUCACUCGCCCUGGCAUGCCACCCGGACAGGAAGAAUGAAACCAAAACAUACCCUGAACGCGAAAGACGACCCAUGACGAACUCACAUUAUGCCGACUCCUCGGUCGCCAUCCCAGGCUCAUCCUCUCCAACGCAGCCCUCCUCAUCUGAAUACGAAGAUGCAGCCUCUCGAGAUAUUGAUGAAGAUGAGUACGAGGAACGCCGCCGCAUCCCCGAGGACAUAGCUGCACGUCUAGGUACCGACUUUGCUAGCUUUGCCUUACAACUGUGUCUCAUCCAAGGUGACAGGUCCGUUGAGAUCUGUCCCAGGGUUGAUCAUAGACGAACCAAAACCACCAUUGCCAACGUGGACAACAUAAUAUGUGAAGACGACGGUGGGUUGUGCGAGUUUGAAAAAACACCGCAUGGCUGGGUAGCGGCACAUCCAUUUAUCGCAUUGUUUGAAGCCAAGCGAGCUUUUGGGCAGCUCUGGGUCGACCCUAAAACGGGAGAAAGCAGUCCCAUUACCUCAGACCAGACCUUGGCUCAGUACCUGGCCGAAGCUGUCAUCACGCGCCGGGGGAACAGGAAAUUUUUCAAAAGAGAGUGGGUACCCUUGCACAACGAGAAAGCGAAGUCCUCCGCGAUUAUGCUUUCUAGUGUUUUCAUUGUGGCUUUGAGCAGCACCUUCGGGCGAAUUUGUCACUUCCACUUCGGCGACUAUUAUGACGAAUACCUUGAUGCAAGUGCAGCGGAUCAGGGUCAUCUCAUCAACGAUAAUACUAAGGAUACAUGCGUUCACUUGCAAUGUACGAAAUGGUUUAACUUGCAGACCAGCGAUGGUAGAAAGAUUGGUCUGUGCCAUAUACUGGCGCUACUGAGAUGGUACCAUACCCAAGACCAUGAGGGCUCCGCAGGAGCAAGCUCAGACACGAACAUGAGUUCCUCGUCUUCUUCCGGCUCUGACAUGGAUUAUGGCUAG